CAAGGACAGUCAACAUGUAAUUCAGUCUUGUUUGGUCCACCCGCGGAGGUGGUGUGUCGUUGUGCAGUGUGCCGUGUGUCAGCGAGCCGCUUUAGCGUGUAUUCUCUCGUACUCCCUGGACUAUCCCUCCAAGUGCAUCAUGUUGCUCGUGACCCGUGGCGUGCAGUGGCUGCUGAGGACUUGCGAUGCGUGCAGUGCUGCGUGCAGUGCUUCAUACAGUGGUGCGGAUGUCGGCUGGAGCCUGCUCGUCUUCAGCGUGGUGCUCGUCUUGGUGCGGCUGGUGCAGCUGUACCGCGAGCAGCGCCGCCUGCCCCCCGGGCCCUGGGGCGUCCCCGUGCUCGGCUACCUGCCCUUCCUCAAGGGGGACAUCCACCUGCACUACAAGGAGCUCACCCACAAGUACGGCCCCAUGUUCUCGGCGCGACUCGGUAGCCAGAACAUCGUGGUCCUCGCCGACCACAAGACCAUCCGGGAGGCCUUCCGCAAGGAGGAGUUCACCGGCAGGCCGCAGACCGAGUUCACCGAGAUCUUAGGAGGCUACGGCGUCAUCAACAGCGACGGCCGCCUCUGGAAGGACCAGCGCCGCUUCCUCCACGACCGCCUCCGCCACUUCGGCAUGACGUACAUCGGCGCCGGCAAGGGCCAGAUGGAGGCGCGCAUCAUGGGCGAGGUGGAGUCCUUCGCCGCCAUCCUGGAGCAGCACGGCGAGGGCCCCUGCGACCUCAACCCCAUCCUGGCCGUGUCCAUCAGCAACGUCAUCUGCUCCAUGAUCAUGUCCAUGCGCUUCACCCACGACGACGCGCGCUUCCGCCGCUUCAUGGACCUCAUCGACGAGGGCUUCCGCCUGUUCGGCACCCUGGCGCCCGUCAACUUCAUCCCCUUCCUGCGCCACAUGCCCUGGCUGCAGGAGACCCGCAAGAAGCUCAACCAGAACCGCCAGGAGAUGGCCGACUUCUUCCAGGAGACGGUGGAGGACCACCGCGCCUCCUUCGACCCCAGCAACAUGCGCGACCUGGUCGACACCUACCUGCUCGAGAUUCAGAACGCUCGCGAGGAGGGCCGCGACGCCGCGCUGUUCGAGGGCAAGAACCACGACCGCCAGAUGCAGCAGAUCAUCGGCGACCUCUUCUCCGCCGGCAUGGAGACCAUCAAGACCACCCUGCAGUGGGCCGUCGUGUUCAUGCUGCACCACCCCGAGAUCAUGAAGCAGGUGCAGGAGGAGCUGGACUCCGUGGUCGGGCGCGACCGCCUGCCCAGCCUGGAGGACCUGGCCUACCUGCCCUACACCGAGUCCACCAUCCUGGAGGUGCUGCGGCGGUCCAGCAUCGUGCCGCUCGGCACCACCCACGCCACCACCAAGGACGUGACCCUCAACGGCUUCCACAUCCCCAAGGACACGCACAUCGUGCCGCUGCUGCACGCCGUGCACAUGGACCCCACCCUCUGGGACGAGCCCGAGAGCUUCCAGCCCUCGCGGUUCCUCUCCGCCGAGGGCAAGGUCACCAAGCCCGACUUCUUCCUGCCCUUCGGAGCCGGCCGACGCAUGUGUCUGGGCGACGUGCUGGCGCGCAUGGAGCUCUUCCUCUUCUUCUCCACGCUGCUGCACAAGUUCCACAUCGAGCUGCCCGAGGGCGCCUCCCUGCCCUCCCUCAAGGGCAACACCGGGGUCACCGUCACUCCCGACGCCUUCAAGGUCGUUCUGAAAAAGAGGCCGAUGGCGUCCGGCGACGUGGCCGACGUGGCGACACCCGUGCCGCAGGCCUCGCUCUCCGACGCCGGCGUGGUCAGGAACGUCGGCAGCAACUAAGGCGCCUCGUCGCCGCCCCUUUUUUUUUCGCCACCGCCAGUAUUCGAACCGGGGCGAGGCCCCUGCGACCCUCACGGCCUUGCUGCCCCUCGCUGGCCAAGUGACGAUCGCGCGGGCUCCGCCACGGCCCCGCCAAGGCUCCGCCCGGAACGGCCGUGCCCAACAUUCGGGCGUGUCUCCCUCAGCUUGCGCUCCUUCAAGUGUGCCAUACGGGGACUACAUCGCACCAACAAAAAAGAAAAUGAAGACAAAAAAAAAAUUGACGAGUUUGAGAUGUGGUGGGUCUGCGCUCCGGCAUCCGGAGUCCGCGGGCCCGCGACCAGUCCGGUGCUGCUUGCGAUUAAGUUUCCCAGUUGAAGCUGCUCAGCCCUCCCUGGAGGAGCCGGCAGCGAGAACAGUACAACGUAAUUAGAACGCGUCUGGCGCCAGCGUGCUGGGGCACUGCUGCGGCACUGCCAGCGCCACGCGGUUUAGGCUGUGUAAAUCAAUUUUAGCGUUAUGUUACUGUGUUCACUACUGAGUAAGCCCACGGCGGCUGUCAAGUAUUGAAGUUGUUACUAGUCAGUUGAUUGUAGUUAAGCUCACUGUUUUAAAAGACUGCGCUAUAUAGUUAUCUCUUCUCUGUGUUAUCUUAGCUGUACGGUACUCUCGAUGUGUCUCUCCCGCGCCGGUGUAUGCGUAUACACAUCGGCGCGGCCCCGUCUGCAUGAGCUUCGAGACUCUGCUCAGAAACGCUAUGCAAGAAGUACAAACGAAGUAGUAGAAAUUAUCUCAGUUGUUGUGGCGAUUUUCGAGUCGCCGUCCCGUCAAGUUUUAUCUAUGUUGAAGAGUAUACGUAAGUGUUUUGUACGUAAUUGUAAAUAUAUUUAUGUCUAGCGUCUAAGUGGUGUGAGUGUGGCGUGUGAGAGUGUAACACUUGUGUGCAUAGUGGUGUGGCGUGCUUGGCGGACACCAAGUCAAACUGUCUGGAACAGUCUUUGGAUAUGCUUUAAAGUUAGAUUCACAAUUCCUACUUGUCAAGUCAAAAAAGCUCGCCCGCGCCCAGAGUGAAUCCGAACGUUGUGAAUGUGAGACGUGUUCUUUGUGCCACUCACAAAUGUUUUUGAUACUGAAAAUACAGAAAACCUAAUUGAA